ACGAGAAACGAGAAGUGUGAAGAAGAAGAAUAAGAAGAUAUGAGCUCCGCGACGGAGCCACGACGGCUGGGGGGCCACAGAGCGACGGCCACGUGCUGCAUCGCCUCCCGCGACCGCCCUGGCCUCGUCGCCACUUCCGGCGAAAUAAUAUAUGUUUCGUCCCUGUGUUUUAAGCCUGGUAAUGAAGAUGUUAUAUAUGUUUCGUCCGGAAAGGAAGUCAAGUGCUUCGAUGUUCGUCUGGGUACCUCAUGGACGCCAUUGGAGUGUUAUGAUUACAACAAAGAAGAAAUAAACCAGAUUGUAUGCAGCUCGAAGUCAUUCCUUGCUGCAGCAGAUGAUGGUGGCGAGAUAAAGAUUAUUGAUAUUCGUCAACAAUGUCUUUACAAAACACUAAGAAAUGGCCAUUCAAGUAUUUGUAGCAGCGUGCAGUUCCUCCCUUGGAAACCUUGGGAAGUCAUCACUGGAGGCCUUGAUUCAAAGCUAGUGAUGUGGGACUUCUCCAAAGGGAGACCUUUCAAAGCUGUAGACUUAGGGUCGCCUGAAAUGAAAAGUGGCAAGCGCACAGGGCAAUGCUUCAAUCCUGCUUUUGUUCAUUCAAUAGCUGUUCCAGAUGUUGAUAUGCUGGACAAGUUAGGCAAAAUCUGUGUUGUGGCACGGGGUGAUGGUGGCAUCGAUGUAAUGAACAUUGAAUCUGAACUGGCUGCUAACAGGACAAAAAGUACUGUUAAACCCCGAAAAGGAUCUCACUCCAGAUCAAACGAUGCAGAAAAUACCGAUAGUCGGGGGAGAUUACACUUGGUUUACACUUUGGGCGGUCAUACUGCUGCUGUUUCUUGUGUGGCAUUUUCAAUGUUUGGUGAGCGGGGGAAGCUCAUAAUCUCCGGGGGGAAAUGAUAAAUCCAUCAAGUUGUGGAAUCUGUUCAAGUGCAUUGAUAUGGACCAAAGUAGCAGCCAAGGUGAUCUUCGUGAUCUUUUACAUCUGAACAUCGAUCUAAGCAGAAAAGUGAAUUAGCUGUGCACGACUCCUGCUGUGACUGAGAACCUCAUUGUCCGUGUUAAAAUAUGUCUCGAGUUUGAGCCCGAAGCGAAAAUCUGAAUUUUAGAAAUAAAAAAAAAAAAAGAAUCCAAGGCGAGUUUCGGAAAUUAGUUUUCCGAAUGUGAGUUGGA